AUGUCUUCGGUAAAUAUUGGUAAAAAGAACCAGAUACGACGUUUAGUGGUAUUUGAUUUUGACUGGUCAAUGAUUGAUACCAAUUCGGAUGUAUGGAUAUUCAAAAAAUUGUCUUCUAAAGUAUAUGAAAAAAUUGACCAAUUAAGCGGAAAAAUUCAAUGGACGGAUUUGAUAGAUCAAUUAUUAGGUGAGCUACAUGAAGAAGGUAUCACUCGUGAACAGAUUGAAGAUGUUAUGAGUAGAGUUCCAUUUAGGCAUGAGAUGAUUGAAACCUUAAAAAUAAUUAAGGAAAAUAAUGGUGACAUAAUUAUAUUGUCAGAUGCUAAUACAGUAUUUAUCGAUGUUAUAUUAAAGGCAAAUAAAGUGGAUCACCUUAUCUCUCGAAUAAUUACAAAUCCGGCAAUUUGGGAAGAUUCAGGAAGACUACGCGUUAACCGACUACACCUCGCAGAAAUAGCGCCCCAUGGGUGUCUUAAUAAAUGCGCAUUGAAUAUCUGUAAAGGUGCCGAACUAGUGAAUUAUCUUGCAUCAUUUGUUGAGCAGCAGGAAAAUUACUACGACCAAAUCCUGUACGUUGGAGAUUCAGUCAAUGAUUUUUGUCCAGCUACAAAGAUGAAAAGUAAUGAUGUGUUAUUAGCACGAAAAGACUAUCGACUUGACAAAUUUCUUAACAGUCCUGUUUCUUCUAAUGAUGGGGAUGAUCUUGGCGGUGGUGAUCGUUUGAAAAAACUGAAUAAAGACAGGAUCAAUGCACGAAUCGUAUAUUGGAAAGAUGCUUCGGAUGUAUUGAAUAUUGUAAAAAAUGAAUUCGAACGUCCUGGGAAAACAUGGGAGAUAACGAUCCCGGAAACACUACGCCAAAACAAGUUGAAAAUGACUUCAUACACAGAUAAAGGUGUUAAGCCAGAUCUUGGAGUUUAUGAGGGUUUUGAUUACGUUGCCUUUUGGGUUGGGAAUGCAAAACAAGCUGCAUCUUAUUAUACGACAAGACUCGGAUUUAAGCAUAUUGGAUAUAGUGGAUUAGAGACAGGCGAACGAGAAAUUGUGUCGCAUGUUGUUAGACAAGGAAAUAUCACAUUCAUGUUUCAGUCAGCAUUAAAUCCGGGUAAUGAAAUAUUUGGAGAUCAUCAAACCACACAUGGUGAUGGAGUUCGAGAUGUUGCGUUUACAGUUGAUAAUUGUCAUGGAAUAUUCAAAUAUGUUGUAUCACGUGGUGCUAAAGUAAUCAGAGAGCCUUGGGAAGAAAGUGAUGUAAACGGUGUAGUUGUUAUGGCAACAGUUGCAACUUAUGGUGAUACAGUUCAUACUUUUGUUCAGCGAAAUUCUUAUAAAGGAGAUUUCUUGCCGGGAUUCAAAAAGUUGUCUUGGCACGAUCCUUUAGAGUCUACUUUACCUGAGGCCGGACUAAAAUGGUUGGAUCACGUAGUAGGAAAUCAACCUGAUUCGGAAAUGCAAAUCCAUACUGAGUUUUCUUCUCUCCGAUCUAUUGUAAUGGCUGAUUAUGAUGAAGUUAUAAAAAUGCCCAUAAACGAACCUGCUCCCGGAAAGAGGAGAUCGCAGAUUGAAGAAUUUGUUCAAUAUUAUGGUAGCGCAGGGGUACAACAUAUUGCACUCAGAACUGAAGAUAUAAUUACAGCUGUUACUCAUCUACGAGCGCGUGGCUGUGAAUUCCUUUCCGUUCCUGCGACAUAUUAUGAAGAUUUGCGACGACGACUUGCAACUUCUAGUGUUAAAGUCACUGAAGAACUUGAGGUUUUAGAAAAAUUGCACAUCUUGAUUGAUUUCGACGAGGAAGGUUAUUUGUUACAGAUUUUCACCAAACCAAUGCAAGAUCGACCAACUUUAUUCCUAGAGGUUAUUCAACGAAAGAAUCAUCGAGGUUUUGGUGCCGGUAAUUUCAAGGCUUUAUUUGAAGCCAUUGAACGAGAUCAAGAGGCACGAGGAAAUUUACAGUUUUCGUCUACUACUUUUCGAGCAUCUUCAGUUUAUGAUGAAACUGUGAAAAAUAUGAUUUUGGCAAAAGAUACGAGAGUAAUUUGUCAAGGUUUUACUGGAAAGCAGGGCACUUUUCAUUCACAGCAAGCGAUCGAAUAUGGCACCAAGCUUGUGGGUGGUGUUUCACCAGGAAAAGGUGGCAAGCGCCAUUUAGGGUUGCCGGUAUUCAAUAGUGUCAGAGACGCAGUUCGAGAAGUCAAACCAGAUGCGAGCGUAAUUUAUGUUCCACCACCUUUCUGUAAAGCUGCAAUAAUAGAAGCCAUUGAAGCCGAAGUCCCUCUAGUAGUUACAAUUACUGAAGGAAUUCCUCAGCAGGAUAUGGUCCAGGUUGUAAAAGUUUUAAAAACACAAAAUAAAACGAGACUUAUUGGUCCCAACUGUCCUGGGAUUAUCGCCCCAGACGCCUGCAAAAUUGGCAUAAUGCCUGGUCAUAUUCAUCAAAAGGGAACAGUUGGAAUAGUGUCAAGGUCGGGUACUUUGACAUAUGAAGCUGUCCAUCAAACUACACACGCUAAUCUUGGACAAACUCUCUGUAUCGGAAUUGGAGGAGACCCUUUUAAUGGGACAAAUUUUAUAGAUUGCCUCAAAAUUUUCCUGGAUGAUGAAAAUACUAAAGGAAUUAUAUUGAUCGGCGAGAUUGGUGGAACAGCGGAGGAAGAAGCAGCAGAAUAUUUAAAACAAUACAAUCUAACUCGUAGUCAACCCAAGCCAGUCGUGACAUUUAUUGCAGGACUUACCGCACCACCUGGCCGUCGUAUGGGUCAUGCCGGUGCUAUUAUCGCUGGCGGAAAAGGUGCCGCAACCGAUAAGAUUAAAGCAUUGGAGAGUGCAGGUACAAUUGUAUCGAGAAGUCCUGCAAAACUUGGCGUUUUACUCCGAGAGGAAAUGUUACGACUCAACUUAGCCUGA